AUGAUUUCACCUGGCCAAUGGAGAGCGUCCUUACUUGAGGGUGUACGGAAGGAGGUGGGUGGGACUGCUCUGAGCCGGUGGGCGGGGUCAGCUUCCUGGGCGUUCUCUCUUUGGUCUCAGGGAUCCCCGGCAGGUCACUCCACGACCUACGCUGGAGCCGGAACGGCCCGGCGGGUGCCCGCCGUCCCUGCGCUGCAGCGCCCGUGUCCUGAGCCCGGCCGCGGCCGCGCUAGCGCUGUAUCUGCCAGCGCCGAGAGCCUCGCCGGCGGAGGAACGCCCCCCCUGCCCCGCUCAGUGUGGGUCCUUGAGUGGCUCCGGCGUUGGCCCCAGGCGUCACCUUCCUCCAGGCCAAAACUGUCAGAAGUAGGGCCAUGCACGCUGACUGUGUGGAAAAGAGAUCCUCGCCAGGCUCCACGUUACAUUUCCCGACAAACUAUUCGAGAGAAAAGAAUUGUAGAAUCAGCAAAUAAAAGAGAAACAGACUAUGAAGUAGGGGAUAUCCCAACAGAAUGGGAAGCUUGGAUCAGGAAAACAAGAAAGACUCCACCUACUAUGGAGGAAAUAAUGAAGAAUGAAAAAUAUAAAGAAGAAAUUAAAAUGAAAACCAAAGACUUUUAUGAAAAAGGAAAACUCCUCAGAGAAGAGAGCAACAAGGAACACUUGGCUCCACCAGUUCAAACUCAGAUUAAAGGGCAUGCCUCCGCUCCGUACUUUGGAAAAGAAGAAUCCUCGGUGGCUCCCACCAGCACUGGUAAAACCUUUCAGCCAGGAUCCUGGAUGCCACAAGAUGGCAAGAGCCACAAUCAAUGAAUGCACUGUGGUAAAAUCAUUCCAUUUAUAUAUGUAUGUGACUAUUUUAACAAGUAAAAGUAAAAAGUUA